AUGGCUCACCCGUUUGUCUCCAACUCAAACAUUCUCCAUCGUUCAUUCGCUCGUCAGCCUGACAGAGUCGUUUCUGCCUCAGGCUUAUCUCUCUUUCUUGAGUCUGGCCGUGAAAUCCUUGAUGCUUCAGCCGGACCAGCCGUAUCAUGUCUCGGCUUUGGACGUCCAGAGAUUGCUGAAGUGGUCGCGAACCAGAUGAACCAGCUUCCUUACCUCUACUCUGGCGCACGUUUCACUUGCGACGUGACCGAGGAGCUUGAAUCGAUGCUUCUGCAAGGGCAACCCGGUGGUCUGUCCAAGGCCAUAUUCGUCAACUCUGGAAGCGAAGCCACUGAUGCUGUUAUCAAGCUCGCAACACAAUACUAG